GACUGUUUUGUAUAUGCACCCAAAAUGAAUACCUUCAAUUUAAAAUUACUGACGUUGCUGUUUGUUUCAGUUACAUGUCUCUAUUUUUGUUCUGACAAAUUAAAUGUCUUUCCAAUUUUGAUGUUGGGAGAUUCUUUGACAGAUUCAUCAAUUUUAGAAUAUAAUAAUCAGCCUAUUUCAACCAUCAAAAAAUGUCAAAAAAUAAAAAAUGUAGCGAUGGUCAAAACUCAUAAGUGUGCUGGUGAUAUGAUGGCUUCUCUGCUUCUGCGUUUUGCCGAAAACCACAAACUGGAAGUGCUACUUCCCGAACGACCAUCAUCCGUAGUCGGCUACUCAAUGAAGCCUCAGUUUCGAAUACAAAAUCCUUCACGAUUGCCAAAUGGAAAGUUUCAGGUGAUGGCCUUGCACACAAUGUACAACUACAACUACUGGAACUCGAUCAUGGAGACUCCGUUCACUCUGAUUGGACUGACACGGGAACCCCUUAGUCAAUUCAGAUCCUACUUCUAUUACACUCGAGAAUACUUCCACGGGGAGAAUAGAAUCGAAUCGAAAGAAGAGGGGCUUUCAACAGUCUUGGAGCAACUGCAACUUCUUGUAAAAGGGGAUAUCAAAAAGAUCGACGGUUUCGACGCAAGAAGAUACCAAAACAUUAUGUUUGUGGAUUUCGGUGGUUACGAUAUCAAAGAGGACAUUGACGUGACAAAUUAUGUCCAGCAAAUUUCUAAUAAUUUUUCUGUUCUGAUUGUUAACGAAAUGUUCGACGAAAGCCUCGUUGUUUUGAAAAACAAAUUAUCUUGGAACUGGGAAGAUGUAGUCUACCAGAAAAUGAACGUCGCUAAAAGUUCUGCGAUGAUAAGUUUCACUCAGCAAGAAAAAGAAGCACAUCGAUUAUUUUCUCCUAAAGACUACUUACUCUACGAAGAAAGCGUGAAAAAAUUGAACAAGGAUAUUGAAAAAAUCAAAAACUUUAAUGAACAGCUUUCAGAGUUCAAAAUGCUGAACAAAAAAGUGUCGUCAUUUUGCCAAAACGCGAACACAGUCAACGCAGCAAUUUCGCACUUGUUCGUAAAAGAUGUCAAAUACAAUUGUAAUGGAUUUUUUAACAUAACAAACUUUGAUUGUAAAAAAGUUUCACAAGGAAUUUUGCAGUAUGUAAAAUUUCACAUAGAUCAGAAGGAAAAGUAUAAAUAA